AGCCAAAGCAGAGUGCAGUGGAGAACUUCUCUGAAAACCAAAGAUCAGACUGAAGAGAGACAUGGCUGUCCCCAGCAUCCUGUUGCUUUCAUUCCUUUCAAUCUUUGGCAUCGCCAAUGCAAGGAUACUUGGUGCAGAAACAGUGGUUCUGAAUGAGAUGAAUAACAUAAAGAAUGACGAAGCCUGCCAAGACUGUAUUCAUAUCAUAGAGCUUCUGAAGCACUUGCUAUCAGAUGAAGAUUUCCAGAAUCAGGUUCAGACGAGGCUGAAGGGCACUCUGGAAGGGGUGUGUGACUUGCUGCCUGAGCAGAUUAAAGACCAGUGUCACAAUGAAAUGGACAAAGACCUUCCUCUUGUUCUCACCUUCCUCGUCGGACUGAUGAACCCUGGACAAAUGUGCACUUAUCUAAACCUAUGUGAAGGCGAGUUCAAGCUGCAGAUGGAGGACAUUUUGAUGAAUUACGUACAGAAGACCAUCACACCCACUUCUGUCAUGCUGGAGGCCUCGUUCCCGUGCAAAACUUGCACAUAUGCUUUGAAUGUGCUGAACUGUCUCCUACCCACAACAGAGACAGAGAGUGUUUUGAUCAGUGUGCUGGAUGAAGCAUGCUCCGUUCUUCCCAUGGUCCUAAGUGGUCAGUGCUCACGACUGGUUCAGAGAUCAUUGAAGAAGCUGUUUGAGGUUCUCCUGAACGCAAAAUCGCCCAACUCCAUCUGCUCUGUGCUACGCCUCUGUCAGAGCUCACUUCCACUCGUUGCGUCUCCUCUUUCGGACUGUGACUCAUGUCAGACUCUGGUCAUCCUGUCUCGUCUUCGAUUGGGCUCCAAUGCCACUCAGUCUCAGGUUACAUCCUUCAUGAGCUCUGUGUGCCAGUCUCAUCCUGGCGUCCUCCCCAAGUGUGAGAGUUUUACUCAGCGCUACGGUGAGCAGCUCCGGUGGAUUCUGGGUAAAGAGGCAGUGGCUCUGGAUGUGUGUGAGAGAGUUGAUCUGUGUGUGAAGAGUAGGAGGACGGAGCAGGGAGAUGUUGGUGACCCCUGCACCUUGGGGCCAAGCUACAGCUGCCAAGAUCUACAAACUGCUCACACCUGUGGGGUUAUCUCAUUCUGCCAGAUGAACGUGUGGAAGUAGAAAUCUGUUUCUCUGUUGGAUUUCAGCUUCACAACUGCUGCUUUUCAUCUCAGCAUCAGCCACACAGUCUAAACAUGCAAUCUAGAGAUAUGUUUUUAUCUUGUUUGAAAACCCCCACUAUGGAUCAGACAAAUAUGAUAAAUUGGUAAAAUGUAAAUUAGCCAACAAAUUCAUUUAAUCCCUGGACACCACUGCUACAGUCAGGUCCUUGUAAGUUUUUUUCCCUCUGUAAUCUGUAAAAGUAAUUUUUGUUAUUUGCUUUUAUACAAUGAUGAAAGAAAUUAUUCUCAUGAUUGCAAUAAAAUUCAGAUAUGUUUGAA